AUGGGAUCCGAGGAUGAUGAGGCAACUCUUAUGAGAAGAAAUAAACUAUUGCAAGAAGCAAUCACCAAAGAUAUCCUCGCAGCCAUGGAGAAGUUGUUGGAGGAUAAACUCGAUCAAAGGCUAUCUGAUAGACAAGACCAGAAUGCUGAGCAGAGGCGUGAGCCAAGGAGUAAUAGGCGUGGUCAGCGUGAGCAUGCUGGAUCAGAAGAGACUGAUAACGUCUACGAAAGAAGCAGCCAUAGCUCCGGAUCAAGACAUAGCAGUAGAAGGUCUAGAUAUGAUCAUAACGGUCGAAGACACCGACGCAAUGAGCUAGCUGGACUUAAGCUUAAGAUCCCUCCGUUCCAUGGCAAAGCUGAUCCUGAUGCAUACCUUGAGUGGGAAAAGAAGAUAGAGCUUGUCUUCAAUUGUCAUCAUUACUCAGAGAUUAAAAAGGUUCAAGUUGCUGCUACUGAGUUCAAUGACUACGCAUUAAGUUGGUGGGAUCAGUUAGUUACAAACAAAAGGCGCAAUGGGGAGUUUCCUAUUGAGACAUGGGAAGAUAUGAAGUCCUUGAUGCGCAGGAGGUUUGUCCCAAGCCAUUAUCACCGCGAUCUUCAUCAAAAACUGAGGCUCCUCACACAAGGAUCAAGGUCUGUAGAGGAAUACUUUCAAGAGAUGGAGUUGCUUAUGUUAAGAGCUAAGGUAUCUGAAGAUAGUGAAGCUACCAUGGCACGGUUUCUUGGUGGGCUCAACCGUGAGAUACAAGACAGAGUAGAGAUGCAGCACUACUUGGAGAUAGAGGAGAUGUUACACAAAGCUAUCUUGGUGGAGCAACAAGUUAAGAGAAGAAGUCAUGUGCGUAGCAGUUAUGGGUCUAACCGGUACCAAACCUCCAAGGAAGAUAAACCGAGCAACCAGAAGGAGAGUAAGCCACAGCCUAAGGAAGAUCAUAAGCCUAGUAGCAUCUACAGCAAGGAUAAAGGUAAAGCAGAGGCUACCAGCUCGCGUGCAAGAGAUUUGAAGUGCUUUAAGUGUCAAGGGCGUGGGCACUAUGCUAAUGAGUGUACCAACAAGAGAGUUAUGGUUCUCUUGGAGAAUGGCGAGUAUGAAUCUGAAGAUGAAAGACCAGAGACUGAGCAAGAAUCUUCAGAGGCAGAGUAUGAAGAGAAACCAGUUCACGGUAGGCUUCUGGUUGCAAGAAGAACACUCAGCCUACAAAGCAAGACCGAGGAGCGAGAACAAAGGGAAAACUUGUUCUACACACGCUGUAUGGUGCAAGGGAAGGUCUGUAGUCUGAUCAUUGAUGGUGGAAGCUGUGUCAAUGUUGCUAGUGAGACAAUGGUAAAGAAGCUUGGUCUACAAACUCAUAAACAUCCUAAGCCUUACCGACUGCAAUGGCUUAAUGAAGAAGGCGAGAUGAGGGUAUCUACUCAGGUUUCUGUACCUUUAUCCAUUGGGAGAUAUGAAGAUGACAUCCUCUGUGACGUGAUACCCAUGGAAGCCAGUCACAUAUUGCUUGGAAGGCCUUGGCAGUUUGAUAGACGUGUCACUCAUGAUGGCUUCACCAACAAACAUUCUUUUGAGUUCAACGGCAAGAAAACUACCCUGGUGCCUCUCACUCCUAAAGAAGUUCAUGAAGAUCAACUACAAUUACAGAAAAAGAAAGAGAUUGACCUCAAGCCUGAUAAACCACAACGUAACUUCUAUGCCAAAACUGGUGACAUCAAAAGAUCUCUCUACUCUAAUCAAUCAGUUCUUUUAUUUGUUUUAAAAGAAUCUCUUGUUAGUCUAACUGAUUGCACACCGGUGUAUCCGAGUGAGAUGUCAGCUCUUUUACAGGAUUAUCAAGAUGUAUUUCCAGAAGAUAGUCCCACUGGUUUACCACCUAUACGAGGGAUUGAGCAUCAGAUAGACUUUGUACCAGAUGGAGUGAAGGUGGACCAGGAGAAAGUAAGAGCGAUUCGAGAAUGGCCAAUCCCUAAGUCCAUAACUGAAGUGAGGAGUUUUCAUGGGCUUGCUGGUUUCUAUAGGCGGUUUGUUAAGGACUUUAGUACUAUAGCAGCUCCCCUGACUGAGGUGAUAAAGAAAGAAAUCGGAUUCAAGUGGGGAGAAGCACAAGAAACUGCCUUCCAAUGCCUUAAAGAGAAGCUUACUAAUGCCCCUCUUCUUAUACUACCUGAUUUCAAUAAAACAUUUGAAAUUGAAUGUGAUGCCUCAGGAAUUGGUAUUGGCGCUGUGCUUAUGCAGGAAAUGGUGUAG